AUGCUCUUCAUUCAAGAUCAUAUUUUAUUUUUUGGACAACUCAAUUCCCACCUCCUUUGCUUGUUUUUCUUUUCAAAUAUGUCACGGGAUUUAAAAAAAAACAACAUUUUCAAAGAAAACAUUUUGGAAAAAGCAAUGGCUAAUUCUAAGAGUAAUUGUAGAAGUAACUUUCAAUCUCUCUCUUUUUUCCCCUUCCUAGCUUUCAAUCUCUCUCUCUCUUUUUCCCUCUCUCUCUCUCUUUUUCCCUUCCUAGCUUUCAGUCUCUCUCUCUCUUUUUCCCUUCCUAGCUUUCAGUCUCUCUCUCUCUCUUUUUCCCUUCCUAGCUUUCAAUCUCUCUCUCUUUUUCUCGUCCUAGCUUUCAAUCUCUCUCUCUUUUUCUCAUUUCAGUCUCUCUCUCUUUUUCCCUUCCUAGCUUUCUGUCUCUCUCUUUUUACCUUCCUAGCUUUCAGUCUCUCUCUCUCUUUUUCCCGUCCUAGCUUUCUGUCUCUCUCUCUUUUUCCCUUCCUAGCUUUCAGUCUCUCUCUCUCUUUUUCCCUUCCUAGCUUUCACUUUCAGUCUCUCUCUCUCUUUCUCUCUCUCUCUCUCUUUACUCUUCCUAGCUUUCAAUCUCUCUCUCUUUUUCCUUCCCAGCUUUCAGUGUCUCUCUCUCUUUUUCCCUUCCCAGCUUUCAGUGUCUCUCUCUCUCUUUUUCCCUUCCUAGCUUUCAGUGUCUCUCUCUCUCUUUUUCCCUUCCUAGCUUUCAGUGUCUCUCUUUUUCCCUUUCUAGCUUUCAGUCUCUCUCUUUUUUCCCUCUCAGCUUUCAAUCUCUCUCUCUUUUUUCCCUCUCAGCUUUCAAUCUCUCUCUCUUUUUUCCCUCUCAGCUUUCAAUCUCUCUCUCUUUUUCCCUCUCAGCUUUCAAUCUCUCUCUCUUUUUCCCUUCCUAGCUUUCAGUCUCUCUGUCUCCCAUUAAUAGCUUUCAAUCUCUCUCUUUCAAUCUCUCUGUCUCCCAUUAAUAGCUUUCAAUCUCUCUGUCUCCCAUUAAUAGCUUUCAAUCUCUCUGUCUCCAUUAAUAGCUUUCAAUCUCUCUGUCUCCCAUUAAUAGCUUUCAAUCUCUCUCUUUCAAUCUCUCUGUCUCCCAUUAAUAGCUUUCAAUCUCUCUGUCUCCCAUUAAUAGCUUUCAAUCUCUCUUUCUCCCUAUCCGAGUGUUCAGUCUCUUUCUCCCUAUCCGAGUGUUCCCUUUCAAUCUCUCUCUCUCUCCCAUUACUAGCUUUCAGUCUCUCUCUCUCUCCCAUUACUAGCUUUCAGUCUCUCUCUCUCCCAUUACUAGCUUUCAUCUCUCUCCUUCCUCCCCCCUGUCUAGCAUUCAGUCUCUCUCCCUCCUCCCCCUGUCUAGCAUUCAGUCUCUCUCCCUCCUCCCUCCCCCUUUGUAGCUUUCACGCCCUCUCCCUCCCCUUUAAUAGCUUUCUAUCUGUCUCUCUCUUCCCUUUACUAGCUUUCUAUCUGUCUCUCUCUCUCCCUUUACUAGCUUUCUAUCUGUCUCUCUCUCUCCCUUUACUAGCUUUCUAUCUGCCUCUCUCUCUCCCUUUACUAGCUUUCAAUCUGUCUCUCUCUCCCUUUACUAGCUUUCAAUCUCUUCCUCUCCCCUUACAAGCUUUCACUUUCUUUCCCUUUCCCAGAUUUCUUUCUGAAAUUUAUGGCAUUCCUGCUCGAUAUGUUCUGGCCAUCGUUGCUUUCUUUGGAUUUAUCAAUGUCUAUGCUUUGCGAGUGAAUCUGAGUGUUGCCAUAGUCACAAUGACCAAUCUCACAGACAAUCAAUUGUCAUCCAACAACAGUGAAUGUCCAGUUAACAAUAACACAGCAGCAUCAAAACAUACUGGAGAAUUCAACUGGAGUAGCACUGAAGUGGGUCUCAUCUUGGGUGCUUUUUUCUAUGGUUAUAUCUGCACCCAAUUGAUUGGUGGUUGGCUUGCUGCUCACAUUGGAGGAAAACUUCUUUUAGGAUAUGGAAUUUUAUGGACGUCACUUUUAACCCUUUUGAGUCCCCUUGCUACCCGUGGAGGAUUUAUGACUCUCUUUGCUGUUCGACUUCUGGAAGGAUUAGGUGAAGGUGUUACAUUCCCAGCCAUGCAUGCCAUUUGGGGAAAAUGGGCUCCACAAAUGGAAAGAAGCAAAUUAGUCACAUUCACAUAUUCAGGUUCUCACAUGGGAACUGUAUUGUCUUUACCAAUAUCAGGUGCCUUAGCAAAUUCUGAUUUUUUAGGAGGCUGGCCUUCAAUAUUCUAUGUGUUUGGAAGUUUGGGAGUUAUAUGGUUUUUUGCAUGGAUGAUGUUGACAGCAAGUUCACCAGCUGAACAUCCACGGAUAUCAGAAGCAGAGAGGAAUUACAUUGAACAGUCUGUGGGGCCAAACAGAAGACUGAAAACACCUUGGCGCAGUAUCUUCACAUCAAUGCCAGUGUGGGCCAUUUGCGUUGCACACUGUUGCUAUAACUGGAGCUUUUACAUGAUGCUGACAAGUCUCCCUUUGUAUAUGAAGACUAUCCUGCAGUUUGAUAUCUCACAGAACAGUCAGCUCUCAGCAAUUCCUUACGUGUUUCUUUGGCUUUUGAUGUCAAUCUCAGGUAUCCUUGCUGAUUUCCUCCGUUCAAAUGGCUAUCUCACUACAACAGUCACACGGAAAAUCAUGAAUACCUCAGGCAUGCUGAUUCCAGCAGUUUUAAUGGUCACCAUCAAGUAUGUGAAUUGCAGCCAGUCUGGGGCAUUAACCCUUGUCAUUUUGGCUGUGGCCUUUUCUGCAUUCUCUCAGGCAGGAUACAAUGUUAACCACUUGGAUAUCGCCCCAAAUUUUGCCGGAAUUCUCAUGGGAAUCAGCAACACCAUAGCAACGAUCCCAGGAUUUCUAGCACCCUAUGUUGUUGGUGUUCUUACAGAUACAGAGAAUGUACGUGCAGGUUGGCAGUCAGUCUUCUACAUUUCAGCGAGCAUUAAUCUGUUUGGAGCCAUAUUCUUUGCUAUUUUUGCAUCUGGGGAACAACAGAUAUGGGCAGUUGUUAAUGAUGAAGAAGAGGAAUCUCUUUUGAAUUCAUCUGACCAAAACUGA